UUUUCUGGUGGCAUACGUUUAUCAUUCUGUUUAGCCACUCCACGCAUAUUAUAUAUAUUUCGUAGUUCACCAAACCAAAGUUAAUUUUCAAAAAACUUCUAGCGAUUCCAGUGGACAUAGUGAAGAAACAUGUCCAAUCUGCAGGAUGUGCCGCUCAACGAAUCGGAGGGCCUGCCAGGGGAGGAUGCCCAAAUGUCCAAGACCAAUUCGCUGAAACGCUUUUUUAAGCUCAGCAAGAAGCCGGCCCUGAAGGAAUACGGAAGUGAGACCUCCAUUGAGGGCGACAACAAGGAACUGGGCAAGUCCAAGACUUUGAGUCGUAUAUUUUCACGAAGGAAAAUACCCAACAAGGAUGGACCGAAAAAGGAUGAACCUAACACAGAUGGGCCCGAGCAGUCGAGCUCCAUGAGCACCCCCAACCAGCAGGAUAAGCCCUUGACCACCACGAAACCGGGCGUUAAGUCAUCCAUGUCGAUGUACUGGAAGCGGCUGUUCCACCUUCACAAGGCCCAGAAUCAGGAUGAGGGGUCUGGGCCUGAACAGACAGCCGUCAAUGGGCCGGAGGAGGUGCACGAACUGCAGUUGGUGCCGAAUGAUUCGGAGGUCCAGAUCCAGGACUCGAACGAACCAGAUCUCGAAGCAAAGCCAAAGCUGCAGCCGGAAGCGGCACCGAAGACGCAAUCGGAAAAGGCACCGAAGACGCAACUGGAAAAGGUCCCAAAGCCGCAACCGGAAACAACCCAGAAGCAGCAACCAGAAAAGGCCCCAAAGCCAGAGUCCAAGAAGCUCAACUCCGAUGAGAAGAUUCUUAGCGCCUUGGAGAGCGGUCUUGUCGCUCAGCCAAAGGAGGAGAAACCCAAAGAGCCAGCUCCGGUUGUUGCCAAUCCCUAACAAUAGGACGCCAGAAGACCAGUACUUAGCAAUCGGUUGGGGUAGGGUUCCAUAACACAGUUAUUUGCCUGGAGCAUUGCCAACGAAACAAAUCUAAACACUUUGUUGCAUUAAUUCCAAGAAAUGUAAUUGCAAGUUUAAUCCGCGAUAAAGCCACACAUUUAUGCAUUAA